AUGUCGCAGCCUCUCCAGGUCAUCAUCGUAGGCGGUGGUAUCGGAGGUCUGUCCGCCGCCAUUGCUAUUCUCCUUGCGGGACAUUCGGUGAUUGUGCUGGAAGCACAAGAGAAGAUCGAAGAGAUCGGCGCGGGCUUGCAAUUCUCAGCCAAUGCAACUCGGAUUCUGCGAGAAUGGGGGGUGGACAAGGCCAUUGAAGCCGACGUCGUCGAGCCAUACCGAUGCAUCAUGAGACGGUGGAAAGACGGGCGCGAAAUUGGCUUCGUGGACCUGCACAACUACCACCAUGAAACCUAUGGCGCGCCAUUCUGGGACAUCCACCGCCACGACUUGAUUGUCGCCCUGUUUGACCGCGCAAAGAAGCUCGGAGCCGAUAUUCGCGUCAAUACAAAAGUCAUAGACAUCGACUUUGCCCAGGCGACGGUCCAUCUCGAAGACCAAACCAGCCUGUGCGGGGACUUGGUUGUGGGGGCGGACGGGCUGAAUUCCCUCUGUCGCAAAAGGCUGGUCCCGACCGAAGAACCUGAGCACACAGGCGAUAUCGCCUUCCGGGUUCUUCUGAACUACGACGAGCUGCCCGACGACUCCGACUUCCGGGAACUGGUGACCAAGCCUCAAGUGACCUACUGGCUCGGUCAUAACGGCCAUGUCAUUGUAUACAUUCUCAAGCAGGGCAAGCAGAUCAACUUGGUGGCCGUGGCGCCGGAUGACCUUCCGUCUGGAGUCAUCCGGGCUCCGUGUGAUGUGAGCGAGUGUACCAAGAUCUUUCGCGAGUGGGAUCCUUUAAUCAACAAGUUGAUAUCGCACAAGAACGUGAUUUGGAAGUGGAAAUUGCAUAAACGGCCAGAAUUGGAUCGCUGGAACCAUCCCUCAGGCCGAUUCACCUUGAUCGGGGACGCCGUGCACCCGACCCUCCCCUACCUCUCUCAAGGAGCUGCGAUCACCGUAGAAGACGCCGCCGUUCUGGGUCAAGUCUUGACCGAGCCAAUCUCGCUCUCUGCGGCUCUGGCCAAAUACGAAGCGCUGCGGAAACCCCGGACGACCGAAGUGGUCAGGGCUGCCACCCGGCAGCAGGGAUGGUAUCACCUUCCGGACGGCGAGAAGCAGCAGAUGCGGGAUGCCAUGAUUGGCGCCCCAAUGUCGAUGGAGGGAGAUCCGUUCUUGUGGAGAGAGCCCACGUUUGCUCCGUGGUUGUAUGGCUAUGAUGCGUACGCCGAGGCAAAGAAACAAGCAGGCCAGGUGAACGGGUUUGCCAAUGGGUCGAGUAACUAGAAGUGUCGCGCAAGUGGCUCUGCGUUUGGUAUACUACGUACUUGGUAGAAGAAUAAGCCUACGC